AUGUAUGCUCUGGAACAUAUGCGCGGCUGGCCCUGCUAUGCUCGGGGAAAGGAACUUGUCGGCGGCCGAGUGUACGAGCGCUUCUUUAACUGUCCUCUGGAUUACUCGCAGCCCGACAGCGACCAGCGGGUGCGGGUAUUUGUCCGCCAUAUCGUGCCCCUAGGCAAAGAAGGAAAGGUGCACGAGCUGCCAUUCAUUCUCUACCUUCAGGGUGGGCCUGGCUACGAGUGCCAGCUGCCUGCCUCGGUCAAGGGCGGAUGGCAUGCUUUGGCAAUCAAGGAGGGCUACCAGAUCCUCCUUAUCGACCAGCGCGGCACCGGGCUGUCCUCGCCCAUCAACGCCGACAGCCUCGAGGCGCGUUUCACAACGACCAAUGAGAAGGCAGAGUACAUUAGCCAUUUCCGCGCCGACAACAUUGUGCGGGACUGCGAGUUUGUGCGCAAGGUCCUCUGCGAGGGCCGUGCUGACGGAGAGGCUAAAAAGCUGGCGCUGCUCGGCCAGUCGUUUGGCGGCUUCUGCAUUACAACAUACCUUUCACUGUUCCCUAACAGUAUCUCCAAGGCCUUCAUCACCGGUGGCGUCCCCCCACUGGUUGACAGCCCUGAUGCCGUGUACCAGGCGACGUACCAGCGCAUGCUUUCGCGAAACAAGCAGUAUUAUGAUAAGUACCCGCGCGAUAUCCAGCGCGUGCGCACCAUCAUUAAGCAUUUGAAUAUGACUGACGUGAAACUUCCCGAUAGCGGCACUUUGUCUCCGCGCAGGUUCCAGCAACUAGGCAUUUUCUUUGGCUUUACCGGCGGAUUUGACAAAGUGCACCAGCUGGUAUUCAAGGCCGCCGACGACCUUGCGACUACGGGCAAACUGACCACGCACACAUUGACGGCAAUUGCAGACUCGCAAAGCUUUGACACCAACCCGCUGUACUGCAUUUUGCACGAGUCCAUUUAUUGCCAGGAGGGUAAUGCGAGCCUGUGGUCUGCUCACCGCGUGCGCGAAAAGCAAUUUGCCGCUGAGUUUGAGCACUCCUGGGAUAUAAUCUCCACUCGCGAGGAUUCCUCGUCGCCUGUGUACUUUACCGGCGAGUCCGUGUACCCGUGGAUGCUUGAAGACUAUGCGCAGCUGCGUCGGUUGAAGGACGUCGGACAUGCGCUGGCGGAGCGCUCUGGCUGGGGCCAGCUUUAUGACACCUCGGUCCUGGCACGCAACACUGUCCCAGUUGCCGGAGUUACGUAUUACAACGAUAUGUUUGUUGAUUUCAAUCUCAGCGAGCAGACUGCAAACAGCAUUCAGGGCUUCAAGCAGUGGGUCACGAAUGAGUAUCACCACAAUGGACUGCGCGCCGACUCGCGCGUCAUGUCAUAUCUGGUUGACCUACUGCGCGGGGAUAUUACGGAUCUUUAA